GAGCUCGUGGCUGUACAGAUUGCUGACUCCCUUUUUUGUUGACCCAAGGGUUAGGGACUGGGCAUCUGUAGCUUUUUCAAGUCUGGAGUACCCGAAAGCGUGGUAGUGAUGAAGGGAGCAACAAAGGCGCUGUAACCAAGUCUGCGGAUCUGAUUUUGGCGUUCCAGACAAAAGCAGCCACACAGGAAAGAUGGGAGAGGAGGCCAAUGAUGACAAGAAGCCAACAACUAAAUUUGAACUGGAGCGGGAGACAGAGCUUCGCUUUGAGGUGGAGGCGUCGCAGUCAGUUCAGUUGGAGCUGCUGGCUGGCAUGGCAGAAAUCUUUGGCACAGAGCUGACCCGAAACAAGAAGUUCACCUUUGAUGCUGGCGCCAAGGUGGCUGUCUUCACUUGGCACGGCUGUUCGCUGCAGCUCAGUGGGCGCACCGAAGUGGCUUACGUCUCCAAGGACACCCCAAUGUUGCUUUAUCUCAACACACAUACGGCCCUGGAGCAGAUGCGGAGGCAGGCCGAGAAGGAGGAGGAGCGGGGCCCCCGGGUGAUGGUCGUGGGCCCCACGGACGUGGGCAAGUCCACCGUGUGCCGUCUGCUGCUCAACUACGCGGUGCGUCUGGGCCGCCGUCCCACGUACGUGGAGCUGGAUGUGGGCCAGGGCUCUGUGUCCAUCCCCGGCACGAUGGGGGCCCUCUACAUCGAGCGGCCGGCGGACGUUGAGGAGGGGUUCUCCAUCCAGGCCCCGCUGGUGUACCACUUCGGCUCCACCACGCCCGGCACCAACAUCAAGCUUUAUAAUAAGAUUACAUCUCGUUUAGCCGAUGUGUUCAACCAAAGGUGUGAAGUGAACCGCAGGGCCUCGGUGAGCGGCUGUGUCAUUAACACCUGUGGCUGGGUCAAGGGCUCUGGUUACCAGGCCCUGGUCCACGCAGCCUCAGCCUUUGAGGUGGAUGUCGUCGUGGUUCUGGAUCAAGAACGGCUGUACAACGAGCUGAAGCGGGACCUGCCUCACUUCGUCCGCACGGUGCUGCUCCCCAAGUCGGGGGGUGUGGUGGAGCGCUCCAAGGACUUCCGGCGGGAAUGCCGAGAUGAGCGCAUCCGUGAGUAUUUCUAUGGGUUCCGGGGCUGUUUUUAUCCCCAUGCCUUCAACGUCAAAUUUUCAGAUGUGAAAAUCUACAAAGUCGGGGCACCCACCAUCCCAGACUCCUGCCUGCCUCUGGGCAUGUCUCAGGAGGACAAUCAGCUCAAGCUGGUGCCUGUCACCCCCGGCCGAGAUAUGGUACACCACCUGCUGAGCGUCAGCACCGCCGAGGGCGCGGAGGAGAGCCUCUCGGAGACCAGCGUGGCAGGCUUCAUUGUGGUGACCAGCGUGGACCUGGAGCACCAGGUGUUCACCGUCCUCUCCCCCGCCCCCCGCCCGCUGCCCAAGAACUUCCUGCUCAUCAUGGAUAUCCGGUUCAUGGAUCUUAAGUAGCGAUCCGCAGGCAGCCUUGCUGCCUGGGGCCUGGAGGCCUUCUGGCCAUCACCAAGGGCAGACGGGCUGAGGGAGGAGCACCUCCUGCGGCCAGGCUGCUCGGUAAAUGGUGGACUACUGGAAAGCAUAUGUUCUACCUCUUAAAAACAGGUGGUGGCCACCUAACUCUUCCAGUUGUGAGCCAGAGGUUUCUUGGGUCCCCUAAGGCUCCACCAGAGAAGCCCCCUUUCUUUCACUGUACCACCAUGUGGGCUCAUUUGUCACCAUUUUAGAUUCUGCAUAUACUGCUUAUCUCGUUUGUCUGGGAUGAAAGAGUGAAUUCAAAGGACUCCUCCCAAUUAAGUUCAUACUUGGAAAAAAAGAAAAAACUAUUUUAAUAAAUAUUUUUGC